AUGGAGGAAAGUAGCGACAAUUCUGACGCUCUAAGCUUCACCCCGCUAGGUUCUGGACAAGAAGUCGGAAGAUCAUGUCACUUGCUGGAGUACAAAGGAAAACGGGUUAUGCUUGAUUGCGGAGUUCAUCCAGGACUUCAUGGUGUGGACGCUCUCCCAUUCGUCGACUUUGUGGAAAUCGAAAACAUCGACCUUCUACUUAUCACCCAUUUCCAUUUGGACCAUUGUGGUGCCCUACCGUGGCUUCUGCAGAAAACUGCGUUCCGUGGAAAAUGCUUUAUGACGCAUGCAACAAAAGCCAUCUAUAGAAUGCUUCUAGGAGAUUAUGUUAGAAUUUCUAAAUAUGGCGGGGCAGAUCGUAAUCAGUUGUACACAGAAGAUGAUCUAGAGAAAAGCAUGGCUAAAAUCGAGACGAUUGACUUCCGGGAGCAGAAAGAAGUGAACGGAAUUCGAUUCUGGCCUUACGUAGCUGGUCAUGUUCUUGGUGCAUGUCAAUUCAUGAUCGAAAUUGCUGGAGUACGAGUACUGUAUACCGGAGAUUUUUCGUGUCUGGAAGAUCGGCAUUUGUGUGCUGCUGAGAUUCCACCAGUUUCGCCUCAAGUUUUAAUCACAGAAUCAACAUAUGGAACACAAACACAUGAGGAUCGAUCUGUCCGAGAAAAACGGUUCACUCAAAUGGUGCAUGAUAUCGUCACAAGAGGUGGCAGAUGCUUGAUUCCAGCUUUUGCUAUAGGACCUGCUCAAGAGCUCAUGCUCAUACUAGACGAAUAUUGGGAAGCACAUCAAGAACUUCAUGAUAUCCCUGUCUACUAUGCAUCAUCCCUUGCGAAAAAGUGCAUGUCCGUUUAUCAGACAUUUGUGAAUGGAAUGAAUUCGAGAAUUCAAAAGCAGAUUGCUAUAAAGAAUCCAUUCAUUUUCAAGCAUGUAUCAACACUUCGGGGAAUGGAUCAGUUUGAAGAUGCUGGACCAUGUGUUGUAUUGGCGACACCUGGAAUGUUGCAGAGUGGAUUCAGCAGAGAACUGUUUGAGAAUUGGUGUUCUGAUUCGAAGAAUGGAUGUAUCAUUGCUGGAUAUUGUGUGGAAGGAACACUAGCUAAGCAUAUCUUGACUGAACCCGAAGAAAUUGUUUCUUUGAGUGGAGAAAAGCUUCCAAUGAGAAUGCAAGUUGGAUAUGUUUCGUUUUCUGCGCACACCGAUUUCAAUCAAACUUCGAAUUUUGUAAAAACGCUGAAACCUCCUCAUUUGCCGUCUCAAAGCAGGAAUCGAACGAUUGUUCCAAGACAUAAAUAUUCCAAUCGAGGUUUGUUCGAAAGAAUGCUAGGUCGAUAUCAUAAUUUGUUUCAGGUACAUAAUCCUCGCAACACUGAACGAUUGGAACUCCAGUUCAGAGGUGAAAAAACAGCCAAAGUGAUUGGAAAGCUCGCAGAGAGAAUGCCAGAGAACAAUAAGAUUAUCAGUGGAGUACUUGUGAAAAACAACUUUUCCUAUUCCUUGAUGGCUAAAGAUGAACUUGGAUCCUAUACUUCUCUCCGUACUUCAAGUUUGGAACAAAAAAUGUCGGUUCAUUAUUCCAACUCAUUACGAUUACUCAUCUUCAACUUGAAUCAACUGAAUGAUGAUGCUACUUUGACACAAAACGUAAAAGUUAAAGAAAUGCUGAAGAAGGGGAGUGUGACUCAUGUGAUUAGCGUUUUCGGAGUAAGUUUAUGUCUCGUUUCAAUAGCUAUUAAUUGUUUAUUCUUUCAGGGAAAAGUUAUAGUAUCAUAUUACGGUAAUGAUUCCGUGGCUGUAGUCAGAUGGGAGUCCAAUCCAGUAUCAGACAUGUAUUCGGACUCUGUUAUGGCUGCAAUUUUGCACGCACAAUCCAACCCAGUUCCUGAUAAAUAUUUGCCAUCAAGUUCAUCGUUCCCACCUCUUACCACUGCAUUAGAAGGAAUGGUGAAGCAUAUUUGUGGAGAUGAAGUUUCUUUGGUUUCAAGUGAACGCGGACUAUUGGCAUGUUUCGAAGAAGAUGGUAGACGUCUACCCAUUGAAGGAAACCCGGACGGCCCUCCAACCAUGGGUGGUGAUGAUCCGAUGGACGAUCCAACUACCUCCCAUCUGCUACAAGGACUGACAGAAAAAUUUAAACAGAUUGUGACCACAAACAAUGAAUUCGAUCACCUAGAUGAUAUGGAGUAUUAG